AUGGUUCUGCUCAAAGUCAAGUUCACGGAUUGCUUUGUAGAGAUUGCCAAGCUCGUGCAGCAAUGUAAGCACAACCAUUACAAGGACGCAGCACUACAAGCAGAAUCGGAAGACGUUCUAAGAUUGACGCACAGGGAAGGCAAGGAGUGGGUGGUUCUCAGUGUAGGGCCGUCAGGCAAGCCAAGUCCGUGGGAGGGCAACUGCAGCGACGCCAUUCCCGCCACCCUAAUAAGCGGGCAGGCGCUCAUAGGGGCGCUGACAUCGGGGGUCAUUCCGCCCCCAGACAACCCCUCCAUCCCCCUCUCACUGCCCUCGCUGCCGUACCUGCGAGUGGAGUACGUCAAGGUCUCUCAGGACUCGCUCGGCCUCGCCAUGGCUGAAGGCGUCGCCACCAUAUAG